CCGGUGGUCGGUGCCCACGGACAAGAAGCGUGUGCGUGCGCCACGAGCCCGACGAACAAGGGAACGAGGCCAUUUCCACCGGUGGGUCAAACUAGGAGAAGCAAGCAAAGCUCCCACCUUUAGCAGAAUCCGCCCAAAAGGCUGCACCGCGCUUCGGCCUCGUUCCUUCUCUCCAGGGCCAUGGAUGUAGAUGAUGUGCUCAGUAACUUGCGUGUUGUUGGUGUGCCAACAAAGAGCGCAAUUUACAUAUGGGGUUAUAACCACAGUGGCCAGACUGCCCGAAAGGGCAAGGAGUGCCACUUGAGGAUCCCCAAGAGCCUCCCUCCCAAACUAUUCAAAUUGGGGAAUGGGAAGAGCCUCAGGUGGACCGAUAUUGCAUGUGGCCGUGAGCACACUGCUGCAGUUGCUUCUGAUGGAUCACUGUUCACCUGGGGUGCUAAUGAGUUUGGCCAGUUGGGAGAUGGAACAGAGGAGAGCGCAAAGGAACCCAAGAAGGUCAAGUCAUUGGAGACUGAGUUUGUAAAAUCAGUAUCCUGUGGAGCACAUUGUACAGCUGCUGUUGCUGAGCCUCGAGAAAAUGAUGGCACGGUAUCCAAAAGCAGGCUUUGGGUUUGGGGACAAAAUCAGGGUUCUGAUUACCCUCGUCUAUUUUGGGGAGCUUUCACACCAAACACGGUGAUUAAGCAGGUUUCUUGUGGAGCUGUUCAUGUCAUGGCUUUAUCCGAGGAUGGUUUACUGCAAGCAUGGGGCUACAAUGAGUACGGUCAGCUUGGCAGAGGUCGUACUUCUCAAGGACUUCAGGGAGCUCGUGUGUUAAAUGCUUAUGCAAGGUUCCUUGAUGACGCCCCCGAGCAAGUGAAGAUUGUUAGAGUUUCAUGUGGCGAGUACCAUACAGCAGCUAUAUCGGAAAACGGGGAGGUGUAUACUUGGGGACUGGGAAGCAUGGGGCAGCUUGGGCAUUGCUCCCUCCAAUCUGGAGAUAACGAGCUGAUCCCUAGGCGAAUUGUUGCACUUGAUGGAAUAGUAGUUAGAGAUGUGUCUUGUGGAGGGGUCCACUCUUGUGCUGUGACUGAAAGUGGAGCUCUAUAUGCUUGGGGUGGAGGACAUGUGGGUCAGCUGGGAGUUGGGCCUCAGGGUGGUUUCUUUUCUUGUUCCCUUAAUGGAUCUGACAUGCUGCUUCGAAACAUCCCAGUCCUGGUGAUACCCUCAGGUGUUCGUCUUGCUACCUGUGGGCACUCUCACACACUUGUAUCUAUGAAAGAUGGCCGCAUAUAUGGGUGGGGCUAUAAUAGUUAUGGUCAGGCGGCAAAUGAGAAAUCUACUUAUGCUUGGUUCCCCUCUCCAGUUGAUUGGUGUGUUGGUGAAGUGAGAAGACUAGCUGCUGGAGGUGGCCAUUCUGCUGUUUUGACUGAUGCUUGUUCAUUAAAAGAGCUGUGUGAGUUCAAGCUUGCAGAGACUGUGAACCUUUCAAAUGCUGAACUAAUAGAAGACGUUGCAUCACGGACUGGUGCUGAUGCCUUGGCACGCUUGUGUGGGAAAGUAAGGGAACAUUUGGAUAAGGAGGGAGAAUGUGAGUUCUUGGAAAAGCAAGUGGCUGAAGAAGUUAACAAGCAAGUUAGGCCACUAGCAAGAUAGUGGAAGCGGUCUGAGGCUGAAGCCAGUCAAGACCAAAACAGUGAUUCAUCUCACAAUUAAAAAGAUUGGCCUCCCAUUGAAGUUAUUGAUUCAGACAUUAAUUGCUGUGGUCAUGGAAAAUCUGUGACUCCUCGAUUGAUUCUGAUUAGUCUGUAAACCUCCAUUGUUAUUUGGUGGUGUGCCUCUCAGUUGUAUCGAAAGAGCAGAGGCUCUGUAUGUGUCAUCAACUUGCUCCGGAGUGUCAGGUUGCUAUAGAAACCUUUGUAUUCGUGGAACUUGAAAGACAUGUACUCCCUCCAUACCCAGAUUAAUAAACGUUUUAGCCAGGAUC